AUGGAGGCAACGGCGCUGAGUUUGGCCAAGCUCACCCUCGAUACGCUGCUGCCGGUGGCCAAGAACGCCCUGGCCGAUGAAGCCGUACUCCUGCUCGGCGUCCACGAGGAGGUGUCCUUCAUCACCAACGAGCUGGAGAUGAUGCAAGCCUUCCUGCGGGCGGCUGGCGCAGAUCACCGGGCCAGCAACGAGGUCGCCAAGAUAUGGGUGAAGCAGGUCCGUGACCUGGCGUACGACGUUGAGGAUUGCCUCCAGGAGUACCUUGCCCUCGACCUCGGCUCUGUGGGAUGCGACAUGCCGCCUUGUGCACGGUGGCUCAGGGCGUGUGCAGUACCGUCUCCCGGUCGGAUGAGAACUCAGCACCAAAUCGCCGUCCGGAUAAAGCAAGUAAAAGGCAGGGUGGAAGAGAUUAGCAAAAGAAACCUCCGCUACAGUAUCGUCGUCCAGCCGGCCGGCCCUGCUGCCGUCCACGACAUCACCAUCGAGCACCAAGUUCUGGAUGCCGAGAAAUUUGCGGCCGGCAUCGCCACCGAGGAGUCGGACCUCGUAGGGCGUGACCAGCAUCGGGCGGAGCUGGUUGACCGCCUCGUGAGCUUGCCCAGCAGCGAGCCGCUCCAGGUGUUCGCUCUCUGGGGUAGUGGUGGCGUCGGCAAGACGGUGCUCGCCAGGGAUGUGCUGAGAAGCCCGAAACUCAGGCAGGCAUUCCAGCUCCGACCUUGGGUCACCGUGCCACACCCCUUCAUCAUGGCUGAGUUCAUCUCGAGCUUGGCCAGCCAGCUAGAAAUAAUGGAGGAGUCGCGCUCACUGGUGUUCACCAAAGUCGUGCGCCACCUUCGUGACAGGAAGUACGCGAUGGUUGUGGACGACGUGUUGACCAUUGCCGAGUGGGAGAAGAUGAAGCAGGCUUUCCCGGACAGCAGCACGGGGAGCUGUAUCGUCGUGACAACGAGGGACGAGGUUGUCGCCAAGCACUGUUCGACGUCGUCCAGGCAUGUGCGCAAGCUCGACUGUCUCUCACACACGGAGUCUUUCCAGCUCCUCUGCAAGAAGGUGCAACUACAGGAGGCCGGGCCAUUGAUGCCCAUGGUGGAUGCCAUCCUCAAGAGAUGCUGUGGGCUGCCUCUUGCGGUCGCCGCCGUUGGGAAGCUGCUGGCUACAAUGAAGACGCCGGCGGAGUGGAAGAAGCUGCAUGACCACCUCGGGUCAGAGCUGAAGGGCAACCCGCGCCUUGAAGAGAUAACUAAUGUCCUCACAUCCAGCUAUGAGGGGCUGCCGUAUCACCUCAAGUCAUGCUUCCUCUACCUCAGCAUCUUUCCCAAGUAUCGUGAGCUUCGCCAAACCCGGGUGUCAUGGCGAUGGAUGGCCGAGGGGCUCGUGCCGGAGAGUAGUUCAGGCGGCAUGGACCCCGAGGACAACGGGGAGAACUACUUCAACCAGCUUAUCAGCAGGAGCAUGAUCCAACCAGCCACCACCUGGGUCAACCUCAACGACAGGAUCAACACGGCCCAGGUUCAUGACAUGAUGCGAGAGAUCAUCCUGGCUAAGGCCGCUGAGGAGAACCAGCUGUUCGUUCUCAACGCCCGCCUUCCGUCGAGGCUCCCACGGGAGAAGAUCCGGCACUUGGUACUUACCAGCGACUGCCGCUGGCCGGCUGGCAGCGACGUUCUAGAGGGCAUUAGCAACAUGUGGCAAGUCCGGUCACUGACCGUUAAUGGAGAGUGCCCACCGCGCCUAAUUAUUCCCUCCAAGAUGAAGAUGCUCCGAGUCCUCGACCUGGAGGACAGCAUCAAUGCCACGGAUGAGCACCUCUCGGGUAUCGGCGAGCUUCGCCAACUCAAGUAUCUGGGGCUCAAAAAGACAGCCAUCACCAAGCUACCGGAGUCGGUGGGAAGGCUCAAGUUCUUACAGUCACUGGACCUCCGAGGCACCAAGGUCACCACAAUCCCACAAGGGGUUACGAAGCUUGAGAGGUUGCGGCACCUUAUGGCCGGAAACGGCAUGCUGCAUGAUGACGACAACACCAUCAGCUCCUUGCCAUCCAGGCCAUCAUGCUUCGCCUGGAGGGCAAUCAGCAGCAUUGAUGCCAGAAAAUUAGCCUCGACGACGACAUUUUGGCCACAAGUAGUCGGGAGUACGGCCGUGACUAUCGGGCAACACAGCGGUGUAAGGCUUCCUGAUGGCUUUGGAAGGCUAAAAAGCAUGCAUAAUCUUGGCACGGUGGAUGUCGGGAAAGAUGGCCACCGCAUAUUCAAGGAGAUAAGCAAGUUGGCUGGCCUGUGGAGCCUUGAAAUAACUGAGCUCACCAACAGAGAUGGCCCCGAAUUCUGCCACAUGAUCGAUGAGCUCGUCAGUCUUAGAGACCUGGAAGUGCGCUCUAGGGCAGGCAGGAGCGGGUUACUUCAUUGCCUAAGCAUGAUAGAAUCGCCCCCGCUGAAUCUGAUCACUCUUCGCCUAUGUGGUCAUCUUGGCAGGCUUCCCUCGUGGAUUGGGCACCUCCAAUACGUCACCAAGAUCAAGCUGUUGGCCACAGAGCUGGAGCAAGAUGCGAUUGAGAUGCUCGGUGAUCUCCCAAACCUGACUGGUCUACAUCUGUGGAGGAUGUCCUACAUAGGGCAAGAACUGCGCCUUGGCACUGGAAAAUUUGCCAAGCUCAAGCUCAUUGACAUCAACCGCCUGGAAGACCUGGUGUCAUUGGUAAUCGAAGGAGCAUCGACGCCGCAGCUCGAAUGGCUGUGGCUCAAACAGUGCUGUAGGUUGAGUGACGAUGAGAACGGCGUUGUUGGCGUGCCACUCCUGCACCGAUUGAGAGAACUUCAGAUCAUGUUCUGUGGUGACAAGCCCAAGCUUGUGGACCUGCUACAGAAACAGCUAGGAGACCACCAAAAUCGCCCACUCUUUGAGUGUUUUUGA